AACAGGUUCUCUAAUGGUCUUGUUUCACCAUGGCAACCAAUAUGGAGGUGCUGGCUCAGCAGGUAGUGGAGACUCAGCAGGUGGCUGAGCAUGGAAAAUGGCCUAGUGAGUGUCCUGGAAGUAACAUCUGUGGAAUAGUUUAAAAAAGCUUCCUAAGUUUCACAGUGAAAACCGACAAGAGAUUUUUCGCUCUAGUUUUCUGUACCAGGAAAUGCACCGUGGUAACAUAGUGUGAUGGUUGUAUCUUGCCACUGGAGAGAUCGCUCCAUCUCAAGAGUGUAUGAAGCUCUGUGAUUUCUUCCUGGCCGGUGCCGACUGUUCAGACUUCGCUAUCUGAAUCACCAGUGAUGACCAGCCCUUCCCAGCGUAUCCAGAUCAUUUCCACAGACUCCUCUGUAGCUUCACCACAACGCAUUCAGAUUGUGACAGAUCAGCAAACAGGUCAGAAAAUUCAAAUAGUGACAGCAGUGGAUUCAGCUGUGUCUCCAAAGCAACAGUUCAUUUUAGCUAGUCCAGAUGGAACUGGUGCAGGAAAGGUGAUCUUGGCAGCACCUGAGACAUCUAAUGCCAAACAGCUUAUCUUUGCCACCACAGACAACAUUGUGCCGGGCAGAAUUCAGAUAGUGACAGACUCCGCUUCAGUGGAACGUCUGCUAGGAAAAACUGAUGUUCAGCGGCCGCAGGUAGUAGAAUAUUGUGUAGUCUGUGGUGAUAAAGCAUCAGGUCGUCACUAUGGUGCUGUCAGUUGUGAGGGAUGCAAAGGUUUCUUUAAAAGGAGUGUAAGGAAGAAUUUGACCUACAGUUGUCGUAGCAACCAGGACUGUAUCAUCAAUAAACACCAUCGGAAUCGAUGCCAGUUUUGUAGGCUUAAGAAAUGUCUAGAGAUGGGCAUGAAAAUGGAAUCGGUUCAAAGUGAAAGAAAGCCUUUUGAUGUGCAGCGUGAAAAACCAACCAACUGUGCAGCUUCUACUGAAAAGAUCUAUAUAAGAAAAGAUCUUCGAAGCCCUCUAAUAGCAACUCCAACAUUUGUGGCAGAUAAAGAUGGGACACGGUCAGCUGGUCUUCUUGAUCCAGGAAUGCUUGUGAAUAUUCAGCAGCCUUUGAUCAGAGAUGAUGGUACAGUCCUCCUAGCUGCUGACUCCAAGGCUGAAACAAGCCAGGGUGCCUUAGGAACACUAGCAAAUGUUGUGACAUCUCUUGCUAAUCUCAGUGAGUCACUAAAUAAUGGAGAUACUUCUGAAGUUCAACAAGAAGAGCAAUCUGCAAGUGAGAUUACACGGGCAUUUGAUACUUUGGCUAAAGCACUUAAUACCACAGAUGGUACAACAGCUCAUAACUUGGCAGAUGGGAUGGAUCCUACAGGAGGAGGGAAUAUUCAUGUAAUCAGUAGAGAUCAGUCAACACCAAUUAUUGAAGUGGAAGGACCCCUACUUACAGAUACACAUGUCACAUUUAAGCUGACAAUGCCCAGUCCGAUGCCAGAGUACCUUAAUGUACACUACAUCUGUGAGUCAGCAUCACGACUCCUUUUCCUCUCUAUGCACUGGGCUAGGUCCAUACCUGCAUUUCAAGCUCUUGGGCAAGACUGUAACACAAGCCUUGUGCGUGCCUGCUGGAAUGAGCUGUUCACCUUAGGCCUGGCACAGUGUGCACAGGUGAUGAGUCUGUCUACUAUCCUGGGAGCUAUUGUCAACCAUCUCCAGAACAGCAUACAAGAAGAUAAACUUUCUGGAGACAGAAUAAAGCAAGUCAUGGAACACAUCUGGAAACUUCAGGAGUUCUGUAACAGCAUGGCCAAGCUUGAUAUUGAUGGAUAUGAAUAUGCAUACCUUAAAGCUAUAGUCCUUUUUAGCCCUGAUCACCCUGGUCUGACCAGUUCAACCCAAAUAGAAAAAUUCCAGGAGAAGGCACAGAUGGAAUUGCAGGACUAUGUACAAAAAACCUAUCCAGAAGAUACUUAUAGGCUAGCCCGGAUCCUAGUUCGCCUGCCAGCACUUAGGCUGAUGAGCUCUAGCAUCACCGAGGAACUGUUUUUCACGGGUCUUAUUGGAAAUGUUCCCAUUGACAGCAUAAUCCCCUACAUUCUCAAAAUGGAAACAGCAGAAUAUAAUGGUCAAAUAACUGGCACGUCUGCAUAGUGGGAACAAUGCAAUUUGAGGGAUUGAAGUAAUUUUCACAAAAACCAUAUAAUUACGAAGUUAAAAGAGUUGUGUUUCGGUAUGUGCAGAUAAUUCCAACUUGUUAUCGGUUUCCUGACAGAUUUCUCCUUGUCUUUUUCUGAUGUUGACAAAAUUUAAAGCAGCUAUUAAAAGACCUGCUAUAGGACUUUUUCUGCCACAAGGAAUAUUUUUGAUGCCUUUCAUUUAAAAGGCUAUAGAUGACUGAACAUACUUUUCACAUGCUUUGUAUUUAAAAAUUAUCAGUGGUUAAAAAGAGUUUUAUAAUAUCAGGUAGUAAUAAAAUUACUUUAAAAGUAAAAAGAACAGUAUGUAUAUAUUUAAAAAUAUCCUUGGAACUAAUGUCUAGCACAUGCCAGGGUAUAAUACUAGCACUUUGUAAUCACUUCUUGUCAGAGCAACAGCAUUAUCAACAUCCUGCUUAUGAGUAUGAAAAAUGAAAAAAACUGCAUAUGUCCUUAGUCAAAACGUUAGUAAAUGAUUUUUGUAAAAAUGUAGAAUGCUAAAGGAGACAAUCAUUUAAUCUACAAGAAGUCACUUGCUGUUACAUUAUGCAUGAAAUAUUAAUAUGGAUUCUUAAAUCAGAUAUCCACAUUAUAUGAAACUAUAUCUGUUAAAUUAGUGCAGUUGUAAUACACAGUACAGUGCAGUCAUAGUGACUAUUAUGUGCUACAGGAAUUCCCCACACUAGAGGAAAAAAGUGUUUGUCACAAUAAUGAUUAAAUAUUCAGGUUCCUCCAAGUGUCUAUUCAGACAAACACAAUCAUGACAAAUAAUAUUCUAAGAUGAAGCCUUUUGACUUUGGGGAAAAUCAGUCACUAACUGGAAGAGCAGUAAUUUUCAAAUAGAGCCGUGUGAUGCUAUUUGAGUAUGCUCUUUGUAUGCUCCAAAUUUACUCCUCCUCUCUAUACUCUGAACACCCUUAUGAUCAAGCCACAGGUACAAUUUAAGACCUGAAAUACAGAAGUAUAGAACCUCUGGCUGUAGCAAGAGUUUAUUACAAAGCUCUCUCACUGUAUUUUUCCCUCCCUCCUUCCCUCACUGAGCACUCCCAGUUUUGCAGUGUUCUCAACUUUCCUGUCACUUAGUUUGAAACCAAAAUAUAGUUAGGAUUUACUCUCACUCAUGUACAAUUGCAGUUGAUGACUGAUACACCAUGGAGAUACAAAAUGAACUACUUUUUAAUUGUCUCCAGUGAUGAGCCAUCAACAUGUUUGCUAGUAUUGGCCAUUAGCUGCUACCAUAGGUUUUGUUUUAGUAUAACUUAUUAUUAUGGCUGUUAAGUGUUUUAAAAUCAAAGAAUUUUUUUUUAAGUCAUAGCAAUUAAUACCUUCAUCUGUUCCUGGCUCAUUAGAUGCAUUAAUUAUUUUAAUUAUUUGUGUGUUAGAGGCAUUCCUACUUUUGUAGUUUUAUGUGACAAAAAUCUAAUGAGAAGUUCAGCACUUUGGUUUUUCUUCUGUUACUGAUAUUUAUUUAGAAACACCUACUAGGUUGGUGUUUGUGACUUUUCAAAGUCUGAUUUGUAGCCAAAAGACCUUAAGGAGCUCUAGAUGAGGCUUCUAAAGUAACAAAAAGACCUUGUAUAUGUCAUGCUUGUUAGGAGGCUGACAUUUGUAGAACUUACUGUGACACAAAAGACUAUUUAAUUUUAGCUUCUGGAUGCAUUAAAAGUCUUCUACGGUUACCAUUUUUAGCACAUUCAGAAUCUUUUUUUCUCAGAAGGAUAUUACAGAGUCCAGUAUACAUGCAGAGAUUUGUAAUAUUGCACUUUUAUCUCUCUCAGCUCUUGCUAUAGCAAAUGAAAUUGUCAUAUUGCUCAUGUUAUGGGAAGUCUGCUCUCUACAUGUGAAGUCAGCUGGACUUCAGAUUUUAAUGCCAACCAUUUGAUUGUAGUGUAACUGCUGUGGGUUUGUAUCAGCACUUCUGCUACACAGUCCCUAUGUUAAGGGUAUGCAACCUAAAAAUUAAUGGUGAUAUUAACAUCAGAAACAGUAGCUACCUUGGAAAGAGUUGUGGCUGCUUUUGUGUUAAAAUUUAAAAUUUUAUUGGGUUAUGUCAUUGUUCUACAAGCAGAAUGCAUUGAACUAUUGUGAUAUUUUUUAAUUGCCAAAAGGAUUAUGGAGCUUAAUUUGCUUCCAGUAUUUCAUAAAAAUCAUUUAAGCAGAUAAGAAAGCAUUUUAAUGGCAAAUGAAAUAUUCCUUAGCACAAAAACUAGCCACUGGAAUAUUUGGUUUUAAAUCUCAAUACACACCAGCUAGCUUUUUCUUGACAAACAUUUCAACUUCCAAUUUUUCGAGUAAAAGGGCCCAAUUUUCUGUGUGAAAAUUUGUUUGUAAUUUUUAUUACUUGUGAUCGUAACAGUUCAGGAAAGAAGAUAAAGGCAUUAUAGUUUUUUGGGAACAAAGGGAUCACAUGAAAUGAAAUGUAAAAUGUAUGCCUUGCAUUGCAUUUGUAAAUUAAAAUGAUAAAUAUCAUGCAGCUCUGUUUACAAAUAAACUACACUCCCCACAAAUGCAAGGCCACAUAAUGAUAUCCUUGAUCAAACCCUGGUAGUUACUUCCUCUGCAAAUAGUUAUUAAAUAGCUUAUUAGGGAUAAAAUAUUCAUUUGUGUAAAUUGUGUUACAACCAUGCAAUCCAUAGGUAGGUUUUAUUUCUUGUGCAUGUACUUAAAAGAUGAAAUUAAGCAGUUCCAUCCUUAAGAUUUGGAUAUUACCACCUAAAAGCUAUAAAGUCUCUCUUUGUGUAGCAUCAUUAGCAUGAUUUGCUGGCUUGCAGAGGUCAGAACCAAGCUACUUAGUCCUGAUACCAUUAACAAAAAGUAGUCUUUCUAACUAUACACUAUUCCAAGACUAACAUUUUGGAUUGUAGAAAUUUGAACAUAUAUGGGUGCCUGGGCUAUUUCCUCCCCAGGGACAGGACUUUGUGCUUCCCCUCUUUGAACUUCAUGAGGUUCCUGUUGGCCCGUUUCUCCAGCCUGUCAAGAUCCCUCUCGUGGCAGUAGGACCUUGUGAUGCACACAGUACAGCUGCAGAAUCAGGCAAGUUUUGCACCAUCUCUGCAGAAAAUACUACAACACUGACAUAGUUCUUGGAAUUCCUGAGGUUUGUUCCAUCCCUCCUGCAGAUGGAAGAUAGCAACAGGCUAAUCUUAAUCUAAAUCUUAGCCUUAUUGUUAAAUUAGUUUGGGGUUUUUUCUCCAUUGAAAGUGCAAACUUUUCCUUAUGAAUAUUGGACAGGAGAGCUUUUUAUUAUUGUAAUAAUUAUUGAAGAACUAUUUCUUGAGUAUUAAAUACAGAAAUGGCUUGUUUUCAUAAAGGUGAAAUUUAAACGCCAAACUUGUGUUCACAGAACUUGGAGUCAAAGUAUCACAGUCACAAACCAAUUCUAAGAAAAGUUCAUCUCACUGAAGCUCUAGUUAGUGCAAUUCAGAAUUCUCUUCAGAAUUUUUGAGGUCCUUUUCCUGCUGCUCUUGAAAUGAAAAUAUUUUAACUUGGCAGAAAUACAGUAAUAAAUUACCUGAUUAGAUUUAUCUGAACCUGACCAAAUGUGUAUACUAGUCAUAAUUCAUUCAGACAAAUGUUAGAAUUCUGUGCUGAGACUGAUGGGGCGUGAUAAUGAGGCAAUGCAGGGAAUGAGAAUGAGGCAAUAAUGUCCAUUGCCCAUGUGCUUCAUUGUUUUCCAACUCUUGCGAAGGAACUAGAUUUGAAUCUUGUAGAUAAAAAGCAUUUGGGAUUAGCUUUGUCAUAAUGAUUUUAAUGGCAUUUGUGACAAAUGGAGGAAGGUAUACUACUUUUCUUCCCUUUAUUUACUUACAUUGGACUAAGACCACGUACAAAAGUAAUCUUUCUCUGCCUAUUUACAUUGUUUAUAAAUUAGCUGCAAUGCUUUUGGUAUCUGUGGAGUUACUCUGGCAUGAAACUGGUAGAAGAGGAAAAAAAUUACCUCCAAGGAGAGAUCCUUCUAAGAAGUCAUACCAGGCUUUCUUUUAGCUGCCUUAAAAUGUUAGAUUAUUACGAAGGCUUAAUUUUCAGAGCACUCGGGGGCAAGAAACUAUUGUUGCUCUCCACUGAUUACUUGGUGUCAUUUACCAAGUCUCCUUUUACCAUCUUCUGAAGCCCUUGGCCCCCCAGGCAGCCUCAAUGCCUCUGGUGAGGAGCUCUGGCUCCAGGUCUGCAUGGAGAAUCCAGCUGGCUCUGCACUGCCAUUACAGCUCCCUUUGGCAAAGGGCACAUUCUGAGGCUGUGAUAGAGAAACCAAGUCAGGGCUGACGCUUCCAGGGGAAAUCAGUUUCCUGACUCUUGUUUCUCCUUUGACAGAGACUGUAAAACACUUGCGUGGUUUUUUUGUUGUUGUUGUGUAUAGUACACAGGACUCACAGGUUCCUGAAUCAUUUCAUUCAGGAUACUGCAGGUGUCAGUAGAUUUUCCUGCCUAUUAAAGUUCAGACAGUAGUUAGGAUUCUUCCCUGAUUACCUGCUGUUUAAUUAGUAAAAGGCAAUUUUUAAAAAAAAGCACCAAACAGCAUGACUAGCAAAGGGCAUCACGAAUACAGUUUAACCAGGAAGACAAGACUGGAAAUUAAUGGGCUGAGGAUACUGUCCAAGCAGUGACAAAGCAGCUUCCUGCACUCAGCACCAGUCAGGGCCCUGUUCGAAUUGGGUGGAGUGAGCAGUAGAACUGGCAGGUCAGUCAGACACACAGGUGUACCAACACACAUCUACUGGAUGAUAACCAUCCUGAAAAGAACAAAAAUCUGAUUUUCUAUUUGAGAUCACUCUCCUCCUCUCCAGUUACACUUAAUAGUGCAAAACCAGGGGAGGCUGGGGGUUUUUCACUUACUCUUGUCUGUAAGAGGAAAAGCAGAAAUGCUGGCAAGCACAGUCAGCUUCCCACCUGUCCCAGGGUUUGCCACACUGGCCAUACAGCAACGGAACAGCUUUAGCAGUCGUUUGCUCUGGUGAUAAGCAUGGGCCAGCUGUGAUAGCAGCACACAACAGCUGCAGUCCUAACACCUCCAAACAUCCAGGAGGGGUCAGCCAAAUGAGGCCAUGGUCACCCUAGAGAGGAGAGUGAAGGGCAGAGAAAGGACAAAUUGCCAGCAUCUAGUAGAUACUGAAUGACAGAAAAUUAGUUUAGAAAACAGCUUUAUAUGAAAAUUUACCAAGAGGGCAUGGCAAAGGAGAGACAAUGAAAACAUUUACUUUUUGCACCUUUUUAUUCUAAAGUUGCUGAGUCAUUUUGACAGUAAAUACUCCUGAAUUAAGUUCAGGCUUAUUGUUUGAUGCCACUAACCCUUCUUGUUAGAUAAUGCUACAGCCCUACUUCAGCUGCAGUCAGUCUUAUCAACAUAUGGGAAAUUAUUUGUGCAAAAAAAUUAUAACAUUAUUUAUACUGGGGUUACAAGUUAAAGUUAAAUUCUUUGUAAAGUGUAGAUUCCCCAAGUCUGAAUAUAUUAGACUUGGGAAACGUCAUAGCCCAGAAUUACCUUAUUACUCAGCUUUUUAUUGUGAAGUCAUGCUAAGUUCAUCACAGGUAAUACUGUUGUAAUGUUCCAUAAUUCCCAAAACCUGUUCAAUCCUCUUGAGUUACAUGAAUGCUUUGAAAAUGGCUUAAAUUCAUGCCUGUCUUCUUUCUUUUUAAAGGGUUUGAUAGAGUUGUACACGUCUAUGUUGUGCCUCCCACCGUUGUGCAUUUCUGCAUGUUCAUUUCUAAAACUCACUCGAGCAGCUGAUGCAUAUGUACAUAGCUGUAUGUAUGUGUGUAUGAAUGUAUAUGUUUAUACCUCUCUGUCUAAAUAUAUUCUGUACAGUGUAUAGAAAAUGUGUAGUGUAUGUAUAUAUGUACAGAUAUGGAGCCAUUACUCAUCAAUUCUAUCUGCUAAAGUUUUUUAUUCAUUUCCUAAUCCAGAGCUUCCUAAUUUGGUGAAUCCUCACAAAUUUCAGAGCUUUGCACCUAUUUUCUAAACCAACCCAAAUUCACUAUUUUCUGUUCAGAACUGUCAAAUAUAUUCCAUGAAUUUUCUGGCUUUUACAAUAUUCUCUUUACCUUUUCUCAUUUGGCCUGUAGAAGUCUGCCAGUCAAUAGUUAAUUGAGCAUAUAAUGAAUAAAUAACUAUAGUCAUAGAAAAUACUUCUCUGCUCAUUAUAUACUCAUUCUCUUCCAGCCUCCUGAGAUACAUUUGUAAAGUCGUAUUUUUUGCGAAGCUUGGUAAGAGACUGAUUUUUUGGUUUUAAGUCUUCAUCAGUGGCAAACUGAAAAUAAACCACGUUGCCACUUAUCACUGAACUGCAGCACACAGAACAUUGGUAGGAGGUAAUGGAUGCUGCUUAAUAAAUCAAUAUUCAUAUUGUCAUAGUGAUCACAUGAAACCAACCUGUAAGUUAGAGACUGUGUGCUCUGUUCAGUGAAACAGCAGCUGUGGUACAACAGUAAUUAAAUAGUAGGGACAUUGCAGGUAGUUUAUUUCUUAGCAAGCAUCAAGACUUCUUCAAGAUUUUCACAAUGCAUUUCAGUUGUAUAUUCACUUUCUGAAGCUGUUCUCUUUAUUUUCCAGCCUAAACUGAACACAGCUGGUUGCUUGAUUUAGUUGUCAGACUACUGUCUCUUUCCACAUUCUGUCCUUUCCUGGGUCUGGAAUCUGUGCAGCUUCUGCACUGCCUAUGACAGUCCCACUGUCCAUGUGGGACCUGGGCACACAGUUGUGAAAUGAGAUGUGGAGUUAAGACAAUUUCUUAUUCAUAAUGAGGACUCAAACAUUUACAUUAUCAAAGUAUAAAUAGGUCUUGUUCUUUUUCCCUUUUGAUGAAGAUAAAAAGGAAGCCUUCCAUAAAGUAAAUCUGUUAACUGUGGGUUUUUAAAAAAGCAUUUCACAGACCAUGCAGGGCAGUAGUUCAGUGAGUCUUGUUUCUGUCAUUAAAAGGGGGAAGCAUAAUUUUCUGGGCAUUUAUUUCCACCUUUUGUACUCAACAUGGCAAAGACUUGUGUAUAUUUAAUCAGAUAAUAAGACAGCAAUCAAAUUAAUGUGAACUUCAUGCAUGCUUAAAGUGAACCACAAGUCUGAGGAAAGUUUGGAAAGUUUGCUAUGGAAAAUGCUGAGAAUGUUCUCUUUCCUGGUAUAUUGGUUAGUGAGCAUUUGUAAGCUUUUAUUUCAAAAAUAGGAAUAAACCUGUAGUAUUUCAAACCUUACUUCUGCGAUUUUCAGCAGGAAAAAUAUUUCAAUUAAUGUCAGGAAGUCCUGUGACAGAUGGUCCUUCAUUGGUGCCUGGACAAUUAGUGCUGUUUGAAUGCUUGUUUUCCUCUUUAAAGGUGAAUAGAAACCUGAAAGUCUGUUAAAGUCAUUGUACUGCAGGAACAGUUUUAAAGUUUAGGAAGCCAAUUGGGGCAUUAAUCAAGAUUGAAUCUGUUUAAAAAUUCAACUAUGUAUUCAGAAAAAAAAAAAAGCAAACAAAGUUCUUUUAUAUCCACAUUUGAAUUGUUUGUAUUCUGAAGGACAAAAUAUUUGCUCAAAUUUAGUGGCAAUAAAGGCUCUGCGAUAAUACAACACAGGUCCAUUUUAUGGUAUUUUCAUGAUUGUGGAUUAAAGUAGGACUAGAUAAAUUUCAAACAAAAAGCAUAGUCUUUAAGAAGAAAACAUUUCACUUACAGACUGUAUAUGUUAAAUUUUUCAUAUAUGUAAUCAAUAUCAUAUGUUGGAAUAUUUUUAAUAAUUAAUCUGUACUCUUAAAUACACUGGAAGCCAGUGUUCAUAGUUUCCUAACUGAAAACUGCACGUUGUUUUAUCUGUAUUGGCCUACUAGGGAGUGCUGAGCUAAAAGAACAAAUUUUUAUAAAAGGAAGCAUCUACUUUCAAUUCCUUGGGAUAUUUUCUGGAAGCCUCUGUUCAUUAUAAUUUAGAAAACUAUUGUUUAUGUUUGUUUUAAAAACUUUGCAAAAGUUGUUAAUUUCCCACAGCUUCUUUUGUGAAAUCAGUAUUGUUGUGUGUGAUAGCAUUUAAAAAUAAUAGCAUGUUCUUUUUUUAAACUAAAUUUUAUAUCCAAUGUCUUCAGUCACAAAGAGGAAUUUGCAUUGUUGUGUUUGUAUAUAGAGUAUUGCAGUGCAUGAUUUAGCUCAUGCAUUUUAUUAAAUGCUGUUGUAUCAUUAUAUUGUUGUGGUUAAUACUAGUAGCUAAAUGAGGUUUCUACCAUUAAAGUGAAUUACAAAUA